AUGGUAAAGAUCAAGAUCCCAAUGCUCACCACCUUGAGCUUGUUGAGCGCCACCAUCGGCUGCUCAGCCGCAACUAUCACCAAUAGCUUGCUGUUAUCUUCCAUUGCCGAUCAGCUGUCCCUGCCGGCGUCGACGUGGUCCGCCAACGGCACCCACACGGCCAAGGGAUUCACCUCUCAAUCUGCCGACACACCAUCGGUAGAAGGCUUGAAACAAGACUGCGAUAACAUCAAUCUGAACAAGAAGUUGGCUGUGGAUUUCCGCAGUGAUGUGCUUGGCGACGGUGUGACGGGGUUCUUCUACAAAUGCGAGAAGGUCAACUCCGACACCAACAAGUAUUGGUUCACCAUUAGCGCGGGAGACAAGGCCCAGAUCGAUCAGCUUUGUGAUUCCGACACUACCUACCCGAUUGUCUUCGAUCAGCAACACAAUACUUGGUUCAUUGAUGAGCCCUUCGAUUGUACGCGACGGACCAACCCUACGGACUUCUUCUGA